AUGAACGCAUUUUGUACACUAGUGAAUCAAACAAUAUCGAAUAGUUUAAUUCAGUUCUAUUCAAAUCAAUAUGUAAGUGCAUCUGUAACACCAUCAAAUGUAUUUCAACUACAAACUAAAGCAUUUAUAUCUCAAUUUAUAUCAUCAACAAGAAAUGGAUUUUUGUUAUCACUUACUAUGAUACGAAACAUAACUCAAAGCAAUGCUUUACUCUCUGGUGAACUAAUUAAUUUUGGAUUCUAUUUAUCAACUAGAUAUUCUUUAAUUCCAAAUUCACGCUCGUAUGGUAAUUGCACAUGCACUUCUUCAGCUACAUGCAUUAGUCAAUCCGCAAUUUACGGUUUAUUGAACGACGCAGUAUUAUUUAAUGUUCCAGGCGUUUAUACAGGAUGUUAUAUAAUUGAAUCAUUACUUCAAUCUAGUCUUCAAUGUUUUUAUAAUCAAACAUGCAUCAAUAAACUACAAUCAUAUUUUCAAGUAUCUUCACUUAUGAAUGUCACAGCUCUUGAUAUAUCAUUGUCGAAUAAGUUUUUUGAAAAUUCAACAAUUGCAGAUGUUCUUGAUCAAUUGAUGGUUGAAGAAUGGAAGAAUUCAAGCAUGCUACAUCACAUAUGUGAUAGUGACUUUGUUACACAACAAUGGAUCGAUUAUCUUGCCACGCUGUCUGAAAACAGUAAACUAAAUUACACCGACUUUCGAGUAACAAGUACAUUUACAUUUCAAACUAUGAAUGCAUUGUGUACAUUAGUGAAUCAAACAAUAUCGAAUAGUUUAAUUCAGUUCUACUCAAAUCAAUAUGUGAGUGCAUCUGUAACACCAUCAAAUGUAUUUCAACUACAAACUGAUGCAUUUGUUUCUCAAUUCAAAUCAUCAGCAACAAAUGGGUUUUUGUUAUCACUUGCUACGAUACGAAAAACAACUCAAAGUAACAGCUUAUUCAGUGGUCACCUAACUAAUUACCUCCUUUAUGAAUCUGGUGGUGCUAUGGCUCGAAUUGCACGGUGGUACGGCAACUGUACGUGCACUUCUUCGGCUACAUGCAUUAGUCAAUCUCCAAUGUAUGAUUUAGCCAACGAUACGAUAUUAUUCUCUGUGCCAGGUCUUUAUACGGGAUGUUAUAUAAUUGAAUCACUACUUCAGUCUGAUCUUCAAUGUUUUUAUAAUCAAACCUGCAUCAAUAAACUACAAUCAUAUUUGGGAUCGUCUACACUUAUGAAUGUGACAGCUCUUGAUAUAUCACUGUCAAUCCAGUAUUUGGAAAACUCAACAAUUGCAGAUGUUCUUGAUCAGUUGAUGGUUGAAGAAUGGAAGAAUUCAAGUAUAUAUGAGAAUUAUUACAAUGAAUGUCAACCAUCAAGAUGUACUUAUACUGUUCCGGCGAAGAAUAGUGCAAUAUAUAUUGUUACAACUCUGAUCGGAUUAGUUGG